CUUGGAGACUGCUGGGGAGCGGUCCGGGGUCUGCGGGUCCCAGGCCAGGACAGAGGAGGGGUCGGGAAGAAGCAGCCCCCGCCCCCGAUGCAGACGUUGCAACCCUCUUCGGACCGCCCCUUGCACACACACACACACACAAACACACACAGCACACACACACACAGAGCACACACACAGAGCACAACCCGCAGGCCCCACCGCCACCGCACACAGCUGCCCAGUGGAAGGCACCGAUCAGGACCAUCCGGACGUGGGUCAGGGUGCGGGCCCCCCGGCCCGGUGGGACCAUGGAGCUGCGACUCCUCCUGCUCGUCUCCACCGGCCUCAGCGUCCUGGGCUCGGGACUGCAAACCCCGACCGAGCAAGAUUCGGGAUCGGGGAAUGUGGCUAAGUUGGGCCCCCGGGGCUUUCUCUUCAACAAGGAUGGAAACGAGUAUGAGCCCUUCCCUAUGUUCGAUGAGGAGGAGGAGGAACACCCAUCCAACCUUUCCAAUAAAACCAGCAAUUCCCGGAAACAGCAACUGAGCCCCAUCUCGGAGGUCGCCACAAGCUACCUGACUGGUUGGUGGCUGACACGCUUCAUCCCCGUGCUCUACACCGUGGUGUUCGUUGUGGGCCUGCCGCUCAACGCAAUGGCCAUCAUGGUGUUCCUCUGGAAGAUGAAGGUCAAAAAACCGGCGGUGGUCUACAUGUUGCACCUGGCCACAGCCGACGUCUUGUUCGUCAGCGUCCUUCCCUUUAAGAUCGUCAACUAUUUUUCGGGAAACGACUGGGCCUUUGGGUCCGGGAUGUGCCGCUUUGUCACGGCCGCAUUCUACUGCAACAUGUACUGCUCCAUCUUGCUCAUGACGGCCAUCAGCGUGGACCGUUUCCUGGCUGUGGUCUACCCCAUGCAGUCUCUGUCCUGGCGCACCCUGGGCAGGGCCGCUUUUGUCUGCCUGGUCAUCUGGCUGGUCGCGAUAGCAGGCGUCACCCCGCUGCUGCUCAAGGAGCAGACUGUGGACAUCCCUGGCUUAAACAUAACCACCUGCCACGAUGUGUUAGAUUCGGGAAAGUUUCGCAACUUCUACGCUUACUACUUCCCCAUUUUCUCUCUGGUCUUCUUUUUCGUGCCUUUAAUCAUCUCCUCAGUCUGCUACGUGUCUAUCAUUCGAUGCCUCGGCGCUUCUUCAGUCUCUAACCAGAACAAGAAGACGCGGGCUCUGUUCCUGUCUGCGGCCGUUUUCUGUAUCUUUAUCCUCUGCUUCGGACCCACUAAUGUCCUUCUGAUAACUCAUUAUUUGUCAUUUCUUAAUAGCGCCAGAGCCGAGGCUGCCUACUUUGCUUAUCUCCUCUGUGUCUGUGUCAGCAGUGUGAGUUGUUGCAUUGACCCCCUGGUGUAUUAUUACGCCUCUUCAGAGUACCAGAGAUAUCUCUACCAACUCCUGCACUGCAGGGACGGAGCUGAGGGCAGCAGUUUCAGCAGCAGCGGCCAGUUGGUGGCCAAGGGUAGUAAAAUGGACACUUGCUCCAGUAGCGUGAAUAACAGCAUAUACAAAAAGCUCCUAACUUAGAAGCAUUUUGAAUCAGGAUUCAGCCUGCGGCCUUCAGACUUCCUUUAGCCCCUCUUUCAAAAACACCUCUUUCACCACAUUUUCCCCCGAGUCACAGAGUUUGGUAAUAGGACUUUGGAAAAGUGGGCAUAGAGAACAUGGAAACGAAUGGCCAGGCUGCUGGAGAAAAGAGCAUUUGCCCCUGCUGUAGAAAAGUUGAAUGUUGUUUUCAGGUACAUUCAGCUCAGGGAAUGGGCACUUCAAACCCAGUUUUCUGUUUUUGAGUUAAAAUAGAAACAACUUCUCUGAUUGAAAAUGCAAAAUAGAAGUUAGACCUGAUGAGCUUUUGAUUAAAGAUAGGAACUGUCCCAUGGACAAUUGACCCUAGAGGGUCUUGAAGCCGAGCUCGAAAUGUGUAAAAAUUCAGCUGUGGCAGGCUCUGGGUCUUAGACCUCUGCCUUAGAGAGGAAGCCAGGCCUAGAACUGGGAAAUUCUCAUCCCAGCUUUGCUACUGGUCUGCUGUGGGACCUUGGGCGUGUCAAUUCACUUUUCAGUGCCUAUUUCUUCAUCUGCAAAAAUGGGGAUAAGAUACCUGCCUUCCCCACUUCUUAGGCUGUGACGCUCUUGCAAGAGGGGGACCGUGUCCAAUCUGAUUAACCUGUACCUAUUCUAGUAUACUGGUACAGAGAAACACUUAAUGCCAUUAUUGCUGUUGUAUCACAAAUGAAAGGGAUUCGGAGGCACUGGGGACUUUGGAAACCAUCUGCAGGCUGAAUAUGAACUCUACGGUGAUAAGGAGUUGAAGUCCAUUUCCCCACCCAAUCAUUAAGCUACUAGAGAGCAGACUGUGACGUGUUUUCUCCCUUAUGACUUCCACACUGUGCCUAGUCCUAAAAUCUGGCCUCAACCCACAGCAUACAUUCCUCCCAUAAUGCAGUGGUUCCAUUCUCACCAAACCCACCCUAGAGAAACUCAGGCUACAGUAUUCACAGUGUCUGAACACCACGCACAAGCACGAAUCCUUUUUACUGACAUUGCACCUCAUCAUAUCCAGAUGGAUGCCUGUUGUUAAAUGGACAUUCCCUAAUCUCCUAAUGGCAUUCCUAACAAAACACAUCAUGAUAAUACAUUCUGUGUCAGAACUGGGUGCACUACCGUAUGAAUGUAAAUUGAUCAACCAGAUGAGUAGAUUUGCAGAUCUAAAGGAAGUUUUCCGACUAUGGAUAACAAAUUGAAAACUGAUCUGUACAGCAAGAAAACCUCAGAGAGUCAAUCAGUAGUAUUUAUUGAGUAUCUUUUGUGUGCAGAGUAGUAUUUUAAGUGCUUGGGUGAGUACGAUAGCAUCAAACUAUACCCAGCCCCCAUUGAUAGGCCAAUAGGUCACCACUACCAUUGCAGUUUGGGAGUGGGUUAGUAAGGAGCGCGACUGUGCAUCCAACAUUGACCUUGUCCUUGAUCUGUUUUGACCUGAUCGCUCCAUUUGCGGGCUGGGACCACUAGCAAAGCUUUGUCACCUACGAAGCUCCCUGCAGCAGGUGACUGAAGAUGAAGGAAAUUGGUCAAGCUGAUUGGGUGGAGAAGUUAAGGUCUGAAAGGGGGCUCUCCGGUCCUCUGGUUAGUGAACCCAAAGGACAAGAAAGCCCAUCAGCUGUGGGAAAGAAUCCCACCUUGACUCCCUCCAUUCAUUCAUUCAGUCGUAUUUAUUGAGCACUGUGUGCAAAGCACUGUAUUAAGCGUGUGGGAGAGUACAACAAUAAACAGACACAUUCCCUAUCCACAACAAGCUUACAGUCUUGGUAGGGAGGGAAGGAGGGGAGAGACAGCCAUCAAUAGAAAUAAAUUACAGAUAUGUAAUUAUCUGUAAUUACAUUUGGUAAUUACAAUUUGUAAAUAAAUUACAGAUACAGAAAUUACAGCUGGGGGGCAGGGAGAGAACAAAGGGAGCAAGUCAGGACUAUGCAGAAGGGAGUGGGAGUAGAGGAAAGGAGGGGCUUAGUAUGGGAAGGCCUUUUGGGGGAAGAGCAUCCUCAGUAAGUCUUUGAAGUUGGGGAGAGUAAUCCUCCAGCAACAUGUUGGAUGGGUUAGGGUUCACCCUAGGUGAGCUAUUUCAGGGGGGUGGUUGUAAGACUGCUCAAUCCAUCCCUACAAGCAUGCAUACAAGUGAUUUUAGAGGAAAAGCACAGAAAGGAGAUGAUAGAGCAGGGGCCCUUAGGAUGAAAAUUUCCAGCACUUCAUUUUGACAAAAUUUGGAGUGGUCUGUUGCACUCUCCUUCCAUGUAAUUACUGAUUGAAAGGCCCCUGAUUUAGCAGGUUGAGUACAGAAUGUUUCCAUAGAAUACUUGGAAGGGGAGAGAAGCUGACUGCUUCCUGUUAUCUUAAAAUGGGAUGCAAGAAGUGAGCUUUCUAAAAUAACUCCUUUAGCCUGUGUCAAUCAGAGAUUUAAUUCAUGAAUAUUUUGUUAAGUAAUUGGCCUAACUGAUACAUUCUGAAAAGCUCAUGUCACCUUUGAAAUGGACAAAUCGAUGUAUGAAAUGGAAAUGGGAUUUUGGGGCUUAUACAAUCCUGAAGAGUUUUUCAAAUUCUCCACUCACUGUAAAUACACAAAUGUAGGCUUUCCUCCCAAGGUAGUCAACAUAGCUAUUUUGUGAAACACAAUUUUGUAUCCUCUGUUUAUAGACUGAGUUCAUGAAAGUAUUCGUGGCAAUCAAAUGAUUUGUCUUAAAUGUUACAGUGCAUUUCUGUACUUACAGCAUCAGAGCUGUAUAUGACUUAUGCUUGAAAAGUAACCUAUUACUGAAUCUGCCUCUAUUUACCUAAACUAAUAAACUUGGAAACCUUGCUUUGGACCCAUUUGGAAAACAUUGAAACCCAAA